AUGCAACAUCUGCGCGGGCAAGUACAGAUACGUGGCGGACCUAUUGGCAUUGGAGCGGCGGCAUCCGCCUCCGUGUACGGCGGCGGAGUCGGUUACGGGCGAGGCAACACACUUCCUCUCUCUCGAGCAGUCGCAAGAUGGGAAGCAGGUCUGAGGUCCCACCCGGACCGUGAGUUUGUAGCCUGGCUUUUGCGGGGGUUGAAGACGGGUUUUCGAAUUGGUUUCGACUACGAAGCACACACAUGCCGAGCAGCAAGAAAAAGCAUGAGGUCAGCAAAAGAGCAGGCGGAUGUCGUGACCAACUACUUGCAAGACGAGAGAGCGCAGCAGCGUGUAAUUGAUCCACCCUUCAGCGGAAGGACAGCUCACCUCAGUCCGUUCGGGGUGAUUCCCAAACCGCGCCAACCAGGCAAAUGGAGACUAAUCUUGGACCUCUUUUCUCCUCACGGUCACAGUGUCAACGACGGUAUAGAUCCACAUCUCUGUUCGCUGUCGUACGCACGGGUGGAUGAUGCGGCGAUGCGGAUCUUAGCGUUGGGGCGAGGAACGCUGCUGGCAAAGAUGGACAUCCAGAGCGCUUACCGGCUAAUUCCAGUACACCCGGACGACCGUCAUCUGCUUGGUAUGUGCUGGCGCGGGUCGGUAAACCUUGAUGCAGCACUGCCAUUCGGGCUUCGGUCGGCACCCAAGAUUUUCUCAGCGGUGGCAGAUGCACUUCUGUGGGUUAUGUUCCGUAGGGGCGUCUCGUCUGCCAUACAUUAUCUGGACGAUUUUCUCUUUUGCGGGGCAGCCGGUUCCGGGAAGUGCGCACAUAACCUGGCAUCUGCCCUUAGCACGUGUCGGGAUCUGGGUGUGCCCGUAGCAGAGCAUAAGACUCAGGGCCCGAGUACAGUAUUGACGUUCUUGGGCAUUGAAAUUGACACCGUGCACAUGCAGCUUCGUCUGCCAUCAGAGAAGCUGGCGCGCUUGCAGGACGUACUAUUGAGUUGGUCGACUCGUCGUGGAGGGACCAAGAGGGAACUCUUGUCUCUGAUCGGCAGUCUUCACCAUGCGUGUGCGGUGAUCAAACCGGGUCGAUCAUUUCUUCGCCGUUUAAUCGAGUUGUCCAAGGUUCCUAAGACGCUCCAUCAUUUUGUUCGCUUAAACAAGGAAGCGCGUGCAGACAUAUCGUGGUGGGCAGCGUUUGCCAGUCGGUGGAACGGUAUCGGUUUGUUGUCGGCCCUAGGCAAGGUGCGUCCCAUUGUGUGCUUGGAGUCAGACGCCUUAGAUGGCUGGGGCUGCGGCGCGGUUUGGCAGCACCGGUGGCUUCAGUUGAAGUGGGGACAUGGGUACAGAGCGUUUGGGCAUAGCGGCAAAAGAAACUGCCCGGUAGUCUUAGUGGCAGUCUGUUGGGGACUCAGCUGGACAAGCAAGCACGUUCUGUUUAGAGUGGACAACAGCACGGUGGUGUCCGCACUGUUUUCAGGAUCUUGCAGGGAUCAGCAGGUAAUGCGUCUCAUUAGGCUACUGCAGUUCGUGGCGGCCGAGCUCCAGUUUACGUUCACCGCCGAACACCUUCCGGCACAGAGAACAUAG